AUGGAGUUUCUGAGUAUACUCUAUGCUCUCUCAGCUUUGUAUUUCAUUUUCACUUUGUGGAAGCGUUAUGAUGAAAAAAGAGACCAACAAUGUUACAUCUUGGACUACGAAUGCCACAAGCCCACAGAUGACAGGAAGCUUGACACAGAGUAUUCAGGGGAGAUCAUCAAGAGGACCAAGAAUUUGGGUCUUCUAGAGUACCAGUUUCUCCUCAAAGCCAUAGUGAGCUCCGGCAUUGGCGAGCAAACCUAUGCGCCGAGGAUCAUGUUCGACUGUAGGGAAUCAUGUCCUACAUUGGAAGAUUCAAUCACAGAGAUGGAGGAGUUCUUCCACGACAGCAUUCAGAAGGUGUUGGACAAACAAGGCCUUUCCCCUUCCCAGAUUGAUGUGCUUGUGGUCAAUGUGUCAAUGUUUGCUUCUGUGCCUUCUUUAGCCUCGAGGAUCAUAAACCACUACAAGAUGAGAGAGGACAUAAAGGUCUAUAACCUCAGCGGGAUGGGUUGCUCAGCUAGUCUGAUCUCAGUUGGCAUAGUCAGGAGCAUUUUCAAAACAAACAAGAACAUUUAUGCACUUGUGGUUACUUCAGAGUCCCUGAGCCCCAACUGGUACACAGGUAAUGCCAGAUCCAUGAUUCUUGCAAAUUGUUUGUUUAGGUCUGGUGGAUGUGCUAUCCUUUUGACUAACAAAAGGGCCUUGAAGAACAAAGCCAUGUUCAAACUCAACUGUUUGGUUAGAACUCAUCAUGGGGCCAAAGAUGAGUCCUAUGGUUGUUGCAUACAACAAGAAGAUGAGCAAGGGAGGCUUGGAUUUCACCUUGCCAAGCAUUUGCCCAAGGCUGCCACAAGAGCUUUUGUGGACAACCUUAGGGAAAUUUCUCCCAAGAUAUUGCCCAUCGGGGAAUUGGUUAGGUUUAUGCUUGCAACCUUUUUGAGGAAACUGAGACAAAGCUCAUCCAACAAGCUAGGGACUACUCUCCCAAAACCUGUAAUCAACUUCAAGACUGGGGUUGAUCACUUCUGCAUUCACACCGGCGGAAAGGCGGUGAUAGAUGGAAUUGGCAAGAGUCUUGGACUCACUGAACAUGACCUAGAGCCUGCAAGGAUGACACUCCACAGAUUUGGGAAUACUUCUGCAAGUAGUCUCUGGUAUGUCUUGGCUUACAUGGAGGCCAAAAAGAGGCUAAAGAAGGGUGAUACAGUGUUGAUGAUAAGCUUUGGUGCUGGCUUUAAAUGCAACAGCUGUUUUCUGGAGGUGGUGAGAGAUUUGGAGGAUGGCAAUGUGUGGAAAGAUGAAAUUGCUAUGUACCCACCAAAGUCCUUGACGAACCCUUUCAUGGAGAAAUUUGGUUGGCUCCAACAAGAGGACCCAAGCACAUUCAAGCUUGAGAAUUUACUGUAAGAAAAGAAAAAUUCAUGGUAAUUAUUAUUGGUUUUACUUAAACGUGUUUUUUUCCUUUUUCUUUCUAAAUGUAUUUUGAUUUUUUCUGUAUACUACAAAAGUUCUUAUUGUUGAAUCCU